UUUAGUUGGAAGUUGGAACAAUCCGGUUAUUAGUUAUCGAGUAUGAAUACUAACAACUGCUUCAAUUGCCUAAAAUCAUACCUUGAGCCUUCCCUUUGUUUUUCUAUUAAAAGAACAUGGUUUCAUGCAUCAUGGUCUCUCUCGGUGGCGCUCCAUGCAUCUUCUUCCUCAACACCACCAUCACUACCCCUUCCUUCGUCAAAAUUAUCAACAACAACAUUAAAAUCAAAUCCACAUGAGAGCAGUAAUUCAAGAGAACAAAGUCUCCUCUCCCUCUUGAAGCAGUGUUCCACCAUGAAGGAUUUGAUGCAAAUUCAUGCCCAAGUCAUCCAAACUGGAUUUGACCAAAACCUCUAUGUGGUGGGCAAAAUCAUCAACUUUUGUGCAGUGUCCGGGCAUGGACCAAUGUAUUACGCGAUUUCAGUCUUUGAACAAAUCCAAAAUCCAGACGGGUUCGUUUGGAAUACCAUGAUUAGGGGAUUUGGAAAUACGAACAAACCGGAAGCUGCUUUCGACUUCUACAGGAGAAUGCAGAAUAAGGGACACACAGUAGAUAACUUCACCUACUCUUUCUUGCUCAAGAUAUGCGGGCAGUUGAGUUCGGUGGAGUUGGGCAAGCAAAUUCACUGCUCUACCCAGAAGCGUGGCCUGGACUCGCAUGUCUAUGUGAGGAACACCCUCAUUCACAUGUACGGCAUGCUUAAGGACAUUGAAACCGCACGUUUGCUGUUUGAUGAAAUACCCAGAAUAGAUUUAGUAGCUUGGAACACCAUUAUCGAUUGCUACGUUCACUGCGGGCGAUACAAAGAAGCACUGGACCUGUUCUCAACAAUGCAACAAAGUAACGUAGAACCUGAUGAAGCCACUUUGGUUGUGGUCCUCUCUGCAUGUUCUGAAUUGGGUGCAUUAGAUUUUGGGAAGUGGGUCCAUUUUCGUAUCAAUUGUACCAGUCAUGCACGUAUCAUUUCCAUCUCCAAUUCGUUGAUUGAUAUGUACGCCAAGUGCGGGGCAAUUAAAAAGGCGCGUCAGGUGUUCAAUGAGAUGAAUGAGAAGAACAUAGUAACGUGGAACUCGAUGAUCCUAGGACUCGCGAUGCACGGGCAUGCUGAUGAAGCAUUAAAACUCUUCUCCAAGAUGGUAGAAAGGAAGCUUGACACACCGAAUGACGUUACCUUCCUAGGAGUGCUAUGUGCUUGCAGUCACAGAGGGAUGGUAGAUGAAGGAAGACGGUAUUUUGAAAGUAUGAACAUGGAGUACCAAAUUCAACCAAACAUAAAGCACUAUGGAUGUAUGGUGGAUCUUCUUGGACGAGCAGGAUUAGUGGACGAAGCUUACCAUCUGAUACAGACCAUGCCUAUCAGGUGUAAUGCAAUUGUUUGGCGGGCACUGUUGGGUGCAUGUCGGGUUCAUGGGCACCUUGAACUAGGGGAAUGUGUGAGAAGGCAUCUUCUGGGGUUGGAGCCAGAGCAUAGCGGAGACUAUGUUCUUCUUGCAAACAUGUAUGCGAGUGCAGGCCAGUGGAAUGACAUGUUGAAAGUAAGAAAAACAAUGAGGAGCAUGGGAGUUCAAAAACCAGAGCCUGGCAACAGCUACAUUGGGGUCCACCAUACUGUAUCUUUGGAUGUGGAGUCGACUAUAAAAUAUUGUAGUAACCAAAACUGAAAAAGACAACUACAACUACAGCUAAAAGCCUAAAACCAUAAUUCUUCCUUGACCCAAUUUAACACAUUUUGGAUGUCCUCUAUUUUUUUUUUUUGUUGUAAUGGACCCAUUGUAAUUGCCUAUUCAAACCACACUGUCCAUACUGCUGUAAACAAAUUGCUGCAAAACUGCUAUAAGCUUAUGACAGAUUUCCUUUAAUUCAGUAUAUAUUAGUUCCUAUAACUUCAACCUAGAUAUUGAAACCAACAGAAAUGAGAAAAGUAAAAGGAAAGAAAAGAAAAGAAGAACAACCUUACAGUAUGUAGAAAAAUA